UCACGUCGUUUGUAUUAAGUUCGUCGUCGUCGUCACUUGCUUUUUUCAACUUGCAUUGAUACCACGGCUGAGCGAAUAGAAAAACAUUAAGUGUUAAAAUACCUUAAAAUGGCCAGCCAAACGCAGGGAAUCCAGCAGUUGCUUGCUGCCGAAAAGAAGGCAGCCGAGAAGGUUGCCGAAGCCAGAAAACGCAAGGCAAGGAGAUUGAAGCAAGCCAAGGAUGAGGCCACCGAGGAGAUUGAGAAAUUCCGUCAGGAGCGUGAACGCUCCUUUAAAGAAUUCGAGGCCAAGCACAUGGGCAGCCGCGAAGGAGUUGCAGCGAAAAUCGAUGCAGACACUCGUGUUAAGCUAUCCGAUAUGGAGGGCGCCAUCAGGACACGCAAAGAACCCGUCAUUCAGGAGGUUUUGCAGUUUGUCUACAAUAUCUCGCCCGAAGUGCACAAAAACUACAACAGGAAGUAAAUUUUUGGGGGCACUAGCGACGGUGUGUGCCACAUCCAAAAUAUUGCUCGUUUUAUUGUAAAUUCGAUGUCCAAGUUCAACUCUUUAAUGCAUAAUUUAGCCCCUUAAUAAUAGUGCAUACUAUACUAAACACUGCUGUAUUAUUAUUCCAUAUAUUAAAAAAUUUGUUGUUUCACCAAGAUAGAACCUCGGUG